CCAGGGGCGUGACUACAUGCCCCUGGUGCCCACCGUGUUACAGAGCAGUGAGUUAAUCUGCACAGCUGACCGAAGUGUAUGGAGUUCACAUAAAGCCCUUACGAUAGCUGAACACUGCGGAUUUUAACAUUACAUAACAUUUAACAUUUUAGCACACUUUAAGUGUGCUUUUCAGAUACCACAGGUAGCCGAACUACAUGUCUUUGGACUGCAGGAGCAAAUCUGCAUGACAUGGGGAGAACUCCACUCACAUAGUGUAGAUGUGUACUUUCAAAGCCCCAACCUUGGAGAAGUGAGGCAAUAAUACUAGUCAUUCUGCCACUCCUUUUCUGAUAAGUUAAGUUAAAAAACAUUUUUUUCAUUCAUUGGCCAUAAAAUAUGAUCUGAUAUCUAUGUAAAUUACAAUAAUGAGCAAACAAUAUGUUUUAACUAAUAACACAGAAAUCACUAUAUUAUACUUGUAUUAUAUUAUACUUGUACACACUGAACACACCAUUCAAACAGUGUAGAUUGGAGGAAGUAUUUGAACUCUUGGAUUUUAAUAAGUGGUUGAACAUCUUUUGGCAGCAAUAAGUGCUAUGGCAGGGGUCUCCAUCUCCAGUCCUGGAGAGCUACUGUCCAGUAGGUUUUUCUACCCUACCGGCUUCUGAUGAGCCACACCUCUUCUCACCAAACUUUUACCGAGCUUCAGCUGGCAGACAGCCACCCUGACAUUAUCCUGUAGGAUACCUUGAUGGCAAGCUGUCCAAAGCAGCGAAGCAGCCCUAAAUCAUGUUGCUGCCUCCACUGUACUACACUGUUGCCAGUGAACAAGACACUAUGACAGCUGUUCUGAAGAUUGGUUUCUCCUGCUUCAAGAUGGACCCAGGCCUGGCAUACCAUGAGGAGGUCCUAAGUCCAUACUGUGCUGUGUACAUGAAGGAGGUUGUGGAGACAGAGAAGGGACAGGUUUAUAAGCAGGUGAAGCCCACUAUGUACCCACCCUGGUGCUCCACAUUUGACGCCCACCUCCAAAAAGACCACAUGAUGCAUGUGGUAAUAAAGGACAAGACAGCUGAGCUUAAGAGUGAGGCAACUGUGGAUCUGGACCAGCUGGCCGCACACUGCAAGAAGGAAAAUAGCAGGCUGGAGAUCUGGGUGGAGACAAAACCAAUAGGGAGAUUGCAAAUGGAGGCCACCUACCUAUUGGAGAACAGUGAUGCAAAAGGCAAGGGAAAAGGUGAUGCUGGUGAGGGCCUCUUCACCCUGCAUCAGCGCCGUGGGGCCAUAAAGCAAGCCAAGAUUCAUGUGGUGAAGUGCCAUGAGUUCACAGCCACCUUUUUUCCCCAGCCCACCUUUUGCUCCGUCUGCAAAGAGUUUGUCUGGGGACUAAAUAAACAAGGCUACCAAUGCAGACAAUGCAACGCAGCCAUCCACAAGAAAUGCGUUGACAAAGUGAUUGCCAAAUGUACUGGGUCAGCCAUCAACAGUAAAGAGACCCAGAUACACAAGGAGAGAUUUAAGAUCGACAUGCCACACCGGUUUAAGGUCUACAACUACAAGAGCCCCACAUUCUGUGAGCACUGCGGCACCCUGCUGUGGGGGCUGACCAGGCAGGGCCUCAAGUGUGAAGAAUGCUGUAUGAAUGUUCAUCACAAGUGCCAGAUGAAAGUAGCCAACUUGUGUGGUGUAAAUCAGAAGUUGAUGGCAGAGGCCCUGGCUAUGAUUGAGAGCACACAGCAGCAGGCUAGAACUUCCCGUAGUAAUGAAAUCAUUGGUCGAGAGGGUCCAGUUAGCAUCGACCAGCCUGGCGUGAUCCAAGAGCCAUCUGGAUGUAUCUCAAGCACACCUUCGGUCACCCCAGAGUGUAAAGAUCUGCUCAGCCCAUUGUGGAAAAUCACCACAGACAAGAAGCAGCUGCCUCUUCACAGUCUGCCUGCCAAGAUAACCAUUGACAAUUUCAUCCUUCACAAACUGCUGGGAAAGGGCAGCUUUGGCAAGGUCUUCUUCAGACCACUGAUGUUAGCACAAAUAUAUUUGCAGUCAUUUUCAAACCCCUACAAGAUCAUUUACAAGGUGUUUCUAGCUGAACUGAAGUCCGGCAAUCAGUUUUUUGCAGUGAAGGCUUUGAAAAAGGAUGUGGUCCUCAUGGAUGAUGAUGUGGAAUGUACCAUGGUGGAGAGGAGGGUCCUGUCUCUGGCUUGGGAACACCCUUACCUCACACACCUCUAUUGCACAUUCCAGACUAAGGAAAAUCUCUUCUUUGUGAUGGAGUACUUGAAUGGUGGUGAUCUUAUGUUCCAUAUACAGAACUGUCAGAAAUUCAGCCUACAGAGAGCAACGUUCUAUGCAUCUGAAAUCAUCUGUGGCCUCCAGUUCCUUCACUCUAAAGGAAUCAUAUACAGAGACCUGAAGCUGGACAACGUGCUGCUGGAUGUUGAUGGACACAUCAAGAUUGCUGAUUUUGGGAUGUGUAAGGAGAACAUUCAGGGAGAUGUCAGGACGUCCACCUUCUGUGGGACUCCUGACUACAUUGCUCCUGAGAUCCUAUUGGGCCAGAAGUAUGGAGCCUCUGUUGAUUGGUGGUCUUUUGGAGUUCUGCUCUAUGAGAUGCUGAUUGGCCAGUCUCCCUUUCAUGGGCGUGAUGAGGAAGAACUGUUUCAGUCCAUCCGCACCGAUGACCCCUUUUACCCCUGCUGGCUUCCCAAGAGUGCCCAUGACAUCCUAGUCAAGCUCUUUGUACGGGAGCCUGAGAAGAGAUUAGGAGUAAAGGGGAACAUCCGGCAGCACCGAUUCUUCGCAUCUGUGGACUGGAGUGCCUUAGAGAAUCGGCAGAUCAAACCUCCUUUCCAACCCACUGUAAAAUCCCCUGGUGAUUAUAAUAACUUUGACAAGGAGUUCAUCAAUGAGAAGCCUCGACUUUCGUGCGCUGAUCGCACCCUCAUUAAUAGCGUGGAUCAGACCGUGUUCUGCAACUUCUCCUUCAUCAAUCCUGGGAUGGACUGCACCAAGACUGCCUAAUUCGGUGACCCUUCAUUCAGAUGCUGGCUAGUCAACUCUUUUAAAAGCAUGAUUGAGAAUAACACCAAGAUAAAUCAGCCUUAGACAAGAUUCAGUGUGUGGAUCUAUAGUCAGUUCUGAUAUUCAGUAAUACUAAGAUCCACAUGUGGAUCUGUCAUAUAGCCAUGAUGACAUGAAAAACCUCCUGUACAGUGGUAACACUUUAAGUUUAAUUUUCAGUGAUAAGUAUUGAUAAAAUCUCAAGUUACAUCUCUUUUGAUAUUUGACGAUCUUCCAACUGGUCAGUGUAAUUGGGAUGAAUAUUUAUGAAAGACCUUUUACUUAGUAUUACUGUAGAUAUGAUGCAUCUUCUAGAUCAGGGGUCACCAACCUUUUUGAAACUGAGAGCUACGUCAUGGGUACUGAGCCAUACGUAGGGCUACCAGUUUGAAACACCCUCCUAAACUUAUCUAAACUUCUUGUAUA